GGAAUUGUGGAAUUGUAUUUAUAAGACGAGCCUACCGAGCACCUAAACGACUUAGUUGCAAUUAGUUCUUCAGCAUGAAAACAUUCAUAGAACUGCUUAUAAAAACCCUAUUUGCGUUUGCCUAUUUACAGUGUGGUUUUGCGGACUUGGCGAAACUGCAGAGAAAAUCCCACACUGAGGAGUUCGAGGGAGCACCCGCCUUAUUCAGAGCCAUGUCAUCCUCUCCAAACGAUGGCUACACAUACAAUUGGAGCGUCGUCUCAUUUACGAUGGAUGAUUACGACAGUUACGAUCCAUCCGAGUCCCAGGUCAACUGUACGGUUCUUUAUUUGGAUCAGUGCACAUCGUGGAACAAGUGCCGCCAAACAUGUUUAAAGACUGGAGCCACCAGUUACAGAUGGUUCCACGAUGGCUGUUGCGAGUGUGUGGGCGAACAUUGUGUAAACUACGGUAUAAAUGAGAGCAGGUGUCGCAUGUGUCCUGAGCCGGGAUCCGAUGACGAAGACGAGGAUUAAAAACAUACAUUUAGGAAUAAGGUUUUAAGCUGCAAGAAAAUAAAUCUAAAAAUAUUAAA